AUGUCCAACGACUCUCUGCAGGAAAGCCCCAGCUCGAUAAGACAUCGGUUCUGCCCGUCUUCGGCUGUAACGCAGAUCCAGAUCGAAAGACUCAAAAGAGAGGACGAAGAGGAGCACUGGAUAUCCGGAGAAGAGCUCUAUACGGAAGGAAGCAGCGACGACGAGGACGAUCAGCGGACGGCAGUCUCGGACACGGAAGUACGAAGGUGUGGAGGAAAUGCCCGAGGAAAUUCCCGAUCUCGAUGGGGUCAAUCUAGUCCUUCGCGUUCAUUGAGGGCUGCAAUUCCGUCGAAAGUGAGGAUCGGCGAGGAAACGGAGAUCGUCGCUUUCGAGUCGACGACUUCCUCCGAGGAUAAAGACUCGUCCUUGCCGGAAACGGAUCGAGUCAUGAACGAGGAUGCGAUUCGGGACGAAGAGGAGGACGAGGAGGAAAUAUCGUGGAGACCAAAGCGAGAAGAUUCGGUUGCCGAGCUGCGGGAAUUGCAGAUCGAAUACCGCGGCAUCCUGGAGACUGUUUCGGAGCUGAAGGAGUCCUUGGAUUCGGCGGCGAAACGCGAGACUGACGGUGAUUCGAAAACGGCUAAGAGCGAAAGUCAGUUUUACUGUGUCGGGAACUGGGACAUUUCCUUGUUUAGCGAUGACGACCUUUCCCGGUGGUCGAACGCCGUGAGAAACGAAUCGGCGAUUGAAAAGGAAAUUUUCAAUAUCGGUCGGCUCGACGGCUGCAUCGAUGAACUUAAUGCAAAAGUCAAGAAAGCUGCCGAGGAAACUUUUCGAGAACAGCUUUUAAAUCGCAAGAAAUUACGAAAGCUUCAAAAUCUCAGAACACCGGAAACUGGAAAACUUGCUGAAAAUUCGAAGGAUUUUUUCAAACUUAUUAAUUCUACGGAUAUGGAACAACAGGAAGAAAGCGAAGAAAUCGACGGUGUCACGGUUCGACCAAUUUAUCAACCGGAAAUGGAGGAUAACUUGGAGGAUCUUGCAUCUUCCGGGGAUGAAGAAGAAUCACGGAAAUCGAAGAGGGAUAAACUCAAGGAAAAAUUGAAAAGCAUCGAGAAACGAAGGGAGGAUUUUAUCGAAAGAAAUAAAGAAUUGGCUUCGAGGGCCAUGGGAAGUCUCGCCUUAACAGACGAGGAAAAAAAACGACUUGAAGAACUUGUCGAAGACUCGGACGAAGAGGAGGAUCAGAGAAGCACUUCUGCCAGUUUUUCCACAACCGCAUCUUUCACGCCUUACACUAUAGACAGGGAGGCGGAUGAGCUUCUGAAAAAUUUGACCGAGAAAAUCGCGAAUAUUAACUCCGAAUCGUACCAGAAAUCCGAGGAAGAUCAGCGAGCUUACACGCGAGAUGAAAUACUCGUUGUAAAGGAACAAGUCGUCCUCAAUUCGCUCCGAACUUUGGCCGAGUCUGGUACUCAGAUAAUACAUCCGAUAUCCGAAUGUGAAAUACGACGCUUGAUCGACGAGUUUUACGCCGAGCGAGAAUCCGGCAGUUCUCUCAAUUCCGUUUCCCGGUUUUCUACCGAAUUUUCAAAUUCCGGGACCGACGUGCUUCCGGAAAAUUCCAUUUCUUCGGCAAACGUCAGCGAAUCUCCGACAAUAUCGAGGACGAUGAUUAGCGAAUUGGUCAAGGAAGCCAGAGCGACGAUGCCGCUCUUCCAGUUUAAACAUCCGACCGACGACGUUGAGGAACUAAACAUCAAAGACGAGGAGAACGAGAAUGCGACUUGA